UUGAACUGUGUGCUUUAUUCAGAGGGACGAGAGAAGAAAGAGCUGUGGACAACAGGUGAGACGGCAUCUGAUGAAUCACCUCAGAUACAGAUUUGAACAUAUAGCCUAGAAAAGUGAAUAUAAGGAAGAUGUUUUUCUCUGGUUAUGUACGCCUCUUCAGUUUGGAUCUUAUCUAAAGUUUCCCGGGGAUCCGCCAGUAUGUAUGAGGGGAGCAGCAGUGGACCCAUCAGGACUGAGGAACAAUUUAAUGCCCCUGUGGGAGAAGGAGCACUGCUCUCAGAAGAACCGAAAGAUUCAGACUGUAAAGCCUCGGGCAGUAAUGGAAGUAAUUCAGAUUCCCCUAAAAACAGGAUAACAAGCCAGUUCCGCUCAAAUCUUGAAGAGCGAUUCUCAAGACAUGGGGCUCGACCCGUGUCUCCUGCGUUCAGCAGCGCCUCCUCGCGCAGAUCCAGACUUCAGAAACAGCUGGAGGUCUGCAGUGAACCGGGCAGCAGCAGCAGCAACAGCAGCGCCGCCCGCAGACUAUCCGUCGAUGCUUCGGAGAAGGGCUCCCUCACGCCCGCUAUGCGUAAGAAGUAUUUAAAAGAGCUGUUUCUGAAUGACAGAUCUGGAUUGUCAAGCAUUUUGUCAUCCAAACACAAAUCGUCAAAAGAAGAGGAGGAGGCGGCACCGAAUGGAGACAUUGUGAACUGCGGCGCGCUAUGGGCUUUGGAUCCCAUGGAGCACGCGUGGAUGCUCUCUGUUGUGGAUGGGAAUUAUGAGACCAUAGUGGAAUUUCUCUCUGAAGAUCAGAGUUUAUUGAGCAGAAAAGACUUUAUUAGUGGUUUUACGGCUCUCCACUGGUUGGCCAAAAAUGGAAAGGACGAGACACUGAUUAAGCUUCUCAGGCAUGCUGAAAAAGAAGGGCUGUCAGUGAAUGUGAAUUUGAGAGGCAGCGGAGGUCUGACGCCUCUCCACUUGGCUGCCAUGCAUGACCAGUACAUGGUUAUGAAGAUUUUGGUUGGUGCAUUCAGUGCUAAUGUAGACAUCAUGGACUACAAUGGGAAGAGAGCAUGGCAGUAUCUUAAAGACAACGCACCAAACGAAAUUAAGGAGCUUCUGGGAGCCUGUGAUGAUGAAUACUUCUGGUAUUUGAAUGUGAACAACAGUGCAAGUCAAGCACAAGCAGUUGAAGAACAUGCUCAAGAAAAUAGAGUCGAGGGGGACGGCUCAGGAGGAAUUGCACGCCAGCGGUUCACAUCAUUUAAGAGGCUGUUGUACAACAUUGGCCUGCUUGAAAAGAUCUGAGACUGUAAAGCCAAAAGCAUGUUUGUGAGGUCAUUACUGUUAAACACCAAUUUGAAAUGUUUUUAUUAGUAACAAGAUUUGUAUGGUAAUAUGACAACUACUUGACCUGAAGUGUUGUGUAUCAUGAUUCAUUUUAAUCUUUUUAAUAAACCAAAUUGCAAGGAA